CCAGCAAGUCGAAUGGAACAUCCCUUGAUGUGGGAACUUUCAACUUUAAAGGUUGUCUCAGGACUUUCAUGGAUGAUUUAACCAUCGACGACGAGAAGAAGCCUUUCGAGGCUGAACACAAUGAUGAUGAAACCCAACCAGACCCUGAUGAGGAACUAAUGUUGGACAAGGGGAACGGGAGAGUUUGGCUUGUCAAGAUACCAAAACACCUCAUGGUCCGUUGGGCCGCCAUUGACGCAGAGGACAUUCAUCUUGCCACAAUUCGGGUAUACAAAGAUGCCAUCGGCCCAUCUGGUCGAUCCCCUCGCAUCUUCUUGUUCUUGCCGCCUGACCCAAAUGACUCAACCACACGGGAUCUCAAACUGCCGGUCUUUUCUCCGGAUGCAGCUUUCAUACCUUCUGCUGAGGGGACAAUGCAAGUAGACAGAUAUGAACUUGAAAUGGUGAAUGAGGACGUCGAGAAUCAACUGGUAGUUGCAGAACGUCCCAAAGACCCUGGACCUUCCGGACCAAACUCGCCUUCGUAUAACCCUCGAUCUAGAACGACCAUUCUAACGGGUCGCAUCAAGCACGAAUGUAAUUUGCGUCCUCUGUUCAACGAGUCAUACAGGCAACAAAUGCGCGAGCGAACACGAAAGUAUAAUACCCCACGAAGACAAAUCCGCAUGAUAGAAGAUGCCGGUGUUGGUCGUGGAGGUAUUAACAGGUUAAGCAGUGGAGUCAACUCAGGAUCGUUUGCGAAUAUGAUUAAAUCCAAACCAAAACCUGCCAAGGGCACGUUUGAGCGUAUGGCGCGUAUGCCACGCAACCAACUCCUCGAUCUUCUCUUCACACUCUUUCGCGAGCAACCCCGCCCUGAGGUAUAUCUCAAAGAGGUCCUUAAUGCUAUUGCUACCUUAAAUAGGAGUGGAGAGCACAAUGGAAUGUGGGAACUAAAUGAAGUCUUCGCCAAAGAAGGGAUGAAAGCUGAGAAUGUCCCUGGACCAAGUUCCAUUCCAGAAGGUGACGUUGAGAUGGAUGAUUAUGACGAGGACGAGGAUGAAGAUGACGACAUGGAGGAAGUUUCAUAGGUUUGCAUCAUGGAUAGGUCUCGAUGGUUCUUUGGUGUUUUCUACUCAUCGUGUAUAUACAAGUUGUUGUGAAAGACUGGUUAGCAAGCUUCCCAUCAAGACAUCCAUCUGAAUCAG